AUGUUCAAACAGCUGAUUUACCUAGAGAAUAUCACUUAUCUGCACUAGAAUUUGCGGAGCAAAAAACCUGAAUUAUUCCAAACAUGGCAAAUCAAUGUUUGUGAACGAGCGGUUUAUAAUGAAAAAGAAGGAACUAUAGAUAUUCUUUUUACAGGUUCAAUCAUGGAAUAUCUAAAGCAAAGAACAAAGAAUUUUACUCUUUAUAAUCUCAAAGAAGUAGCUGACUUAACAUCAAUUUAUGCAGUACGAAUAUAUGAGUUAAUGCAACAAUUUAGCUCUACUACAGGCAUGUUAAUCCACUCUAUAGAGAAAUGGCGUGAAAUACUUGGUGUACAACCUACACAAUACAAGCUAUAUGGACAUUUAAAAGAUAAAGUAUUUAAUCAAGCACUCGAAGAAAUUAACCUCAAAACAGGUUACAACUUGGUAAUGACAGAGAUAAAAGAAGGUAGAAAAGUGGUUCGUGUCCAGUUUGAUUUUGCUCCAGAUAUGGUUUACACCGGAACUAAUCCAAGAACUGGCGAGAUAGUUGAUAGACACAUAAAACCAAAAGUUAAGAAAUUAACGGCUGAAGAAAAAGCAAAGCUCGAAGCAAAAAGAGCUAAACAAAAAGAAUACCGAGAACGCCACAAAGCUAAAAAAUUAGCAGCAACAGAAAAUCCAGAAAUCAUACGAGAUUUAGCUGAAUACGCAUUGCAGAAAGAAUUUGAAGAAGCCGCUUUUACAGAUAUUCACCCAGAUCAACUGGAAAAAAGAUGGAACUACACAAGACAAGGCAUAAAUUUAAGAAUCAAACAAGAUUACGACUUUCCUAAACCAUACACAAUCAUCAAUAAUGGAAAGACUAAAAUUUGGUUACUUAGCGACAUUGUAGAUUACGAAAAUUUAAGGACAAACUUAGUUCGUCGGCUAGAAGAUUCUGCAUUUAAUGUUUAUUGCAGAAGUAAAGAAGACUACGCAAAGUUAACCGAAGAUGAGCGGAAAAUUUUAGCAGGAAAUAAUCCAUAUUCAAAACUUAAUACAAGCAUAAAAUGA